AUGGAGCACAAAAUUGAUCGGAUAUCCGAAUUGCCGGAACAUGUUGUAGAGCACAUCCUAUCAUUCAUCCCCAUGAGAAAAAUACUUCAGCUUAGUAUAUUGUCCAAGAGAUGGCAAAACGUGUGGGCUUUACUCCCCAUUACGGAAUUCAGUCAAUACAUUCCGGAGUUUGACCCAUACAAGUAUUCUAAAAAAUUGGGCAAUAUUUCAGAUAAGGAGAAAGAGCAGAAAAUUCAGAGAAAGAAAGACGACUUCAGUUAUUUUAUGGAGAGAAGUUUACGAAGCCGGUAUAGGGAAGGGCUAAGUAUAAACAUGUUUAAGCUCGAAAUGUUAUUCAGUGAAUCGGAUAGUGCUCUUUUGAACCGUUGUAUUGGGUAUGCAAUUGAAAGCAAUGUGAAAGAGUUUGAUAUUGAGCUAGACGAGGUAGAGCCUGAGUGCUUCUAUGAUCAGUUGCCUAAGAGCGUUCUUACAGCCAAAUCAAUAACUAAGCUGUCGUUGGAUUCGUUUAAGUUGGAUUCAAUAUUUUAUAGUGAUAUUAACUUGCCCUCUUUGAAAAAGUUGUCUUUUGAUGGAGUUUGUGUGGACGACCAAGUUAUCCAAGCUCUAAUUGAUGGUUGUCCUGUGGUAGAAGACAUAUCCAUUCGAUGCUGCUAUGGGUUGAAAAGUAUACAUGUAUCAGGUCUUCUUAAACUCAUGGCCCUUGAGCUUAUGCUUAAUCCAGAUCUUGAGAGGGUUGAGGUACAAGCAUCGAAUCUUCAAUCUUUACACAUCUAUGACGAUUAUCAACUGUGCCAGAUCAACCUAGCCCCAUCAGAAAACCUAAACAGGUUAUUAUUACAUGCAACCACCAUAACAGACAAAUGGUUGGAUGACUUUCUUCUUAAACAUCCACGCAUGGAGAUCUUGGAUCUAGCAUUUUGCAAUGUGUUGGAAAGGGUUUAUAUUUUAAGUCGCCACAUGAAAACCUUGAAUCUUUCAAGGUGCGAAAAACUGGAUGAAGUGAACAUUAAUACUCCAAACUUACAUACAUUUGGGUAUUUUGGUGGUGGUGAUAUAUCUUUUUCUUUCAACACUAUGGCUUUAUCAGAAGCUAAUCUAUCUUUUUUGGGAGGGACUCCUUGGUCUGUUGAAAAGAUUUCAUUCCUUACAAAGUUAAGUCAUCCCAAACUAUUGACUUGGAGAACUGAAUUGGUCGAGAGCCUAAUUAUUCCAAAAGAAUUGAGAGAAAGCCAACCAUCCUCAUUGUAUAAUGUUAAGAAGUUGGAGCUAAAAGCAUUAUCUUCUCCUAAGAGAAACGAAAUGAGUGAACUUCUAGACGCCUUGUUAUGGAUUUCUCCUCUUCUGAAUAUUCUAUUGAUAGAAUGGGAAGAUAAGAAUAUGUCAAUUCACAGUAUAUUUUUCAAGUUCUCAUAUGAAACCCCAAUUUAUAAAGGGGAGAAUCCCAAUUGUUGCAAACGACUUGCAUAUACAUGUCGGCGGCAUUGUUUAAAAACUGUCAAGAUUGAAGACUCUGGAGGAUUUGCAGAUAAGAAAGAGCUAGAGAAAUAUUUUUCUGAGAAUGCCAAAAAUAUGAAGAGCUUCCAAUAUUCUUGA